UUUUGCUCGGCUCAAUGGCUUUUGCUCUCCACUACCAUUUCCAUCUCAACUUCAACAUUUUGCCUCUCGCACCACCAUCACCCCCAUUGCCCUUCGCUCCUCUGACCAUCCCUCUACCCUUCACCACUCCUGCCACCCCUCCGAGUGCUCUCUUCUUUGGAGAUUCGUAUAUUCCGGGGAGGUGAAAGCGAAUUCAACCGCUUUUCUCCGCUUGAGCUCGAAAUUUGUGAUGGAAUUAUGGUCGAACUUGACUAUGAUACUGGUAAAUUGGCCACCAAAUUUGUUCAAAGACGGAGACUUUAUUGUCAUGCGUGGAUAAAGUUGGUUUCAGUUUCCUUUUCUCUUCUUCUUUUUUCUUUUUUCCCCACUUGUUAUUUUUACUAUCAUCGUGUCUAUAUUUCGUGUUUUACUUUGUCUAGAUACUGGAUUCCUGAUUUCGGAAUUAAAGAGAGGAUUGAUCAUAUCCUUUUAGCUCUGGUGGCUGUUAAGCGUGUCCUUGUUCUGAAUACUGUGAGAUCCAGGCUGCCUUUCGUAGUUACUACUACAGAUGAUGCCAAAGAUUCUGUAAAGGAGGAAAUUCGCCUGUGGAUGAGUCUCAGGACCAUAUAAAGAGGUAGCAGCUUCAUGAACUAGCCAUGCUGAACUCAAAUUUUAGAGAAGAGAGUCCAGGACCAAGUGGCAGCGUGUCACCAUUCAAUACUAGUGGAAUGAAACGUCCCAAAACUGGGCGUUGAAAUGUUGUGUCUGUUGCUUCAUUGAAGUACUUUCUCUUAACCUCUGAUCCGCAGAGGUAUGCCUGAACAUAUACAAUUUGUGGCUAUCAACUCUCCUUACGGUUCAAUGCGCAGCUACCUAAGUGAAGAAUUGAUAUGAAUAGACAAAGGGGUAUUUGGAGAUAUGCGUUUUUGGCUGGAUUUUUUUUAUUUUUAAGUUUUUAUUUAUUUACUGAAGGAACAUAAAACAGAGACAGAAACAGGGCGAGGCAGUUGGAGUAGGAGUGGAAAAGGGGGAAACAGAAAUUGGUUUAUACAGUUGGCCUCUUGAGUUAGGAUUUAUUUGUAACUGGUAGUUUUUAGCUUUUUGGUGUAUACAGUUGAAGCAUUUGAUCAAGUGUUUUUGUUACAUAUGUAGGAUUUAUUUGUAACUGAUUGUUUCCUUAAAUUUUUUUUCAUGAAAUAUUGCUUCUUGAUUUUGUA